AUGUCUGGUUCAGAAGACACCAUCCCGGUCUAUGUAAACUAUAGGGACUCAUAUGUAGAACCGAAAAUUAAAAAUGCAUUAUUAGAAAGUGGAAUUCCAUUGAAAUUUGUGGAUUCACGAGCUGACGCGAAGUUAUUCUGGGCACAAUAUGAAGACAUUGAUUUUGACAAGCUCUGUGAUGAUACUGGGACGCUAGCAUGCUCUUAUGUUAUUCGAAAAGCACUUAUUCGUAAAGAAUACUUAUGGAACACGGUGGUACACUAUUUAGCCAAGAAUCCAAAAUCGAUUCUGAGGACGGCUGUUCCUGAAGCAUUUUCUUUAGAGCUUGAUUAUGCAGAGUUUUUAGACGAUUCGCUUAUGGAGUCGUAUGAGCUUCGACAAGAGCUGGAAAACAACGAAGCUUUAGAACCCCAACAAAGAAAAUGGUAUAUACUGAAACCAAGCAUGUGUGAUGGUGCACAAGGAAUCCGUAUUUUCUCUACAAUUGAGGAACUGCAAGCUAUAUUUGAUUCGUUUGAUGAAGCCUUAAGUGAUGAUGAUGAAGAGUCCAACCAUUCAUCUCGCGAAAACGAGAUAGAAAAUAUAGGUGCAUUGACAGUAAAUGACCGAAAUCCAGAAAACAAAAUCGUCAUUCAUCAAAUCCGCCAUUUUCUUGUACAACGGUACAUUGCCAAUCCUUUAUUACUAAACAAUAGGAAAUUUCAUAUCCGUGCAUAUGUUUUAGCCGUUGGUGGUUUAUCCGUUUAUUUGUUUAAAGAAAUGCUGUGCUUGCUUGCCAGAGACGAAUACGAGUCUCCUCAUGCCGAUGGCGAAAUCAACUUGUAUGGUCAAUUGAGCAACACAUGCAUCCAAGGAGACGCUCCAAGAGAGGCCUCCGUACAAUCAUUUUGGAAUAGCUCUAUUAAUAAUAAGGAAAAAGUUUUUGAAUCUCUUGUACACAUAUUGGGAGAUGUUUUUGAAGCUGCUGCAACUACGCAACGAAUUCAUUUUCAGCCUUUGAACAACUCGUUUGAGAUUUUUGGAGUUGAUUUCAUGGUCGACGAAACUAAUCAAGUACACUUACUUGAAGUGAAUGCUUAUCCGGAUUUUAGACAAACGGGUGAUGAAUUAUCUGGAUUAGUUGAAAGAUUAUUCAAGUCUGUAGUUCAUACUGCAAUCGUCCCUUUCUUUCAUCCAAAGAAGAAGUGUGGGGCUUCUUCUGACUUAGUUUUAGCUCGCGAACUAAAAAUAUAUGGUUUUUAA